CGUGAUUGCAUAUGGUUCCACUUGGAUUUGUUUCUUGUUCAGUCACUCGCUCAGCCUGAUUCUUAUUCUUUGCAAGCCCUCCCCGACACCCACACACGCUUCACCAACGCAUGCAUCAUAUGCUCAAUUCGAUGGGUGCCAAAUGAGCAGCUCCGUCCGCAGCCGCAGCGCCGCGCCGCAGUCGACCAGCGAUACGCAGCAACACAAUGUCCGCGAUGCGGCCCUGAUUGGAGCCGCCUCAGCCUUCGCCAGACCACCCGUCAAGCCUCAGCAUCUGCCCAACACGUACACCGGGAGCAGCAAUGGAGCGCUCCUUGCUGCCACGAAAGUAGGAACAGGGCGGCCAAGCACUUCGGGUGGCACGGCUCCGCUGCAGAGAGAUUACACCGGCGCCAGCUCGCGGGGUGUCAGCAGGCCGCAACCCUCGCCCAAGCACGUCGGCAGCUCGAGCUCGCUGGGCGUGCCGGACAUGCACACCGACCGCGCACCAUCACCGGCGGCAUACACGGCUGCCACAUUGGCGGCUGCGCGCCUCAGCCCUCUGCGGCCAGCCACCCAGGCCCGAGGACCAGCCAUGAUCAGUGAAAUGGAUGCGAACGAGCGCGAUGUGCUGCCGCCGUCUGGGAGCGUGGGGAACGUGUUAGCGCGGCUGGAGCAGCAAAAGUCUAGCCAGCAGGCAUCGCCGCGCCAGCAACCACGCAAGGAGAAGGAUGGCUUUGGCCCACAGUCCGUUGCCAGUGCAGCGGCGAGCGCAGGACCGCGAGACAAGCCUACAGACGACACACCUAUCCAGUCGACCAACUCCCUCGUCAGCAUGUUCGAGCAGAACCGCCCCGUCACCCCCACACAACCUCCUGUCGCACCAUCAGUCAUUGUCCAAAACUCCCCACCCCCUGUCAAGUCGCCCAAGCCACGACGCAACUUCACACUACCUCCAGAACCCAAAGAUGAAGCUCCAUUAGCAAGGGAGAGGACGAACACGCCGCCGCCACCAAAGCCCAAGCCCGCGAUUGAGAUGCCACCACUACAGUUCAUCGACGGCACUAGGGAAUCGUCUCGCUCCUUCCUCCCGCCGACGCAGAAUGCGCCGCUGAAGUCUCCGCCAAUUAGGCAGAAGCCGAUCCAGCUGGCAGCUCUUAACACGAAGGCCAUCACUGGUCCCCAGGGCCGACCCAAGUCGCAAGACUCCAAGCGCUCGGCGACUUUCAACAGGCGGCUGUCGACGUCAAUCGAGAGCAACGCACCAUCGUCGCCCGCAUCCUUCAAAUCCGCGAAAGAGGAGCAAGAAGAGGACGAGAAGACCAAGCUCGCUAUGCCUCCACCACUCGAAGAAGAAGAAGAGAAGGCAAAGCCCGCACUACCUCCACCGCGACGAUCGAACACCCGUAAAGCCGAAUCAGUCCCAACAGAUGCAAAACUUCUAAAACCCUCUGUCCCGCCCCCGCGCCGACAAGGCAAGCCCGCUUCUCCUCUGCAACCCCCCGAACGGCUCUCCCCACCCCACCGCCCCUCCUCAGCCACUGGCUCCGUGUAUCACAAUCCCUACCAGCGCCAAUCCGUAAAGGCUAUAACCAAACACAUGACUGGUGAAUCGCUAUCGAGUGCUAUAAUGGGCGCCGCAUUAGCAACAAGCCGGACAUCCUCCCCAAAUCCCCCUCCCAGUAACACAAUCGAACCACUCUUCCCACCGCGGGCGCAAAAACACCACCACCACCUCCCAUUCCACCGCUCCCCGUCUCCGCAAAAAGCUUCUCCGCCAAAGACAACGAGCAAGCUGAGGACAACGAUGCGCAAGGACCCCUCGCCGGCAAGUAGCUCAGACGACGAAAAUGAAUUCAAAGGCAAGGGCAACAGAAUGCUGGGCCUGAAGGUCCGCAAACAUCCCAACAAGCACCACGAGGGGACGCGCAAGCGGUGGCGCGACCAGAUCACCGAGCGCGAGCGGAAGAGGUACGAAGGCGUGUGGGCCGCGAACAAGGGUGUUCUGCUACCCCUGCCGAUCAAGGACAGGAGCGGCGUAGUGGACGACGAGGAUCCGAGUCUCGAUGUCUUGAACCUCGUGGUCAGGGAGAUAUGGAUGCGGAGCCGGUUGCCGGACCAUGUUCUGGAGGAAGUCUGGGCGCUUGUUGACGGCCGGGAGGUUGGGCGGUUGACGAGGGUCGAGUUCGUGGUUGGGUUGUGGCUUGUGGAUCAGCGGCUUAAGGGGCGGAAGCUGCCGACCAGAGUCAGUGACAGUGUGUGGACGAGUGCGAGAGGGUUGGGAAUCAAGGUCAAGGUGCGGACCUGAGCGGAGAGGCUAGUAUGCAUGCAUUGCCGGUGUUCUGCUUUCGAGAUACCCAUGGUCAAUUCAGCUAUCUUCUAAUAUGCAUUCUUCCCACUUCAUUUGCGCUACGGAAUCCGGUAAGACGGGAGUCCCCAUUUUUUUGUUGCUUCUCUCCUGUAUCUGCUGGUCAACGACGCCAGAACUCCAGUGUCC